AUGGGCUCACACCAAAAUGGUCACACAAUAUCCAAAACCUUUCCGGGCCUUGACGAGCUGACCCACACUACUAAACCACGUCAUCGCCAUCAUUUGUUCAUCCAAUGAUCCAAGCCUCACUUUCGCAAUGCCUCGUAAGCGCUUUCCGGUGCCGGAACCCAAAACAGGUCUACAGCAUUUCCUGAAGAAAAUAGGGUUGGGGAAGGAGAACUACUACUUCUGGAAGCAGAUUGGAAAGGCUUUGCUUUGCACGUACGCAGUGUUUGGGGCUGCGUGGGUGUACAACGAGACAUCGCCACUGGGAUGGUGGACACUGGUGCCAAUGCCAAAGGAACAGAAAGAGCUGGCUCACUUGUACGAGAGGAGGAUGUAUCCUUACCCGGGUGAUGAAGAGGCCAUGCAGGAGUUCAUUGCCAGGGGUGGAAUGAUUGGAACAACCAUUGGUCCCAAAGGGAUGGUUGAGAGUGAUAAGGAUGACAGUGACUACAAGAAGGACCUCAAGGACAAGAAGUUUGAGCAGGAGGCUCAGAAACUGUGGUUGAGGAUGAGGAAUGAGGUCGUUGCUGAGCUUCAGGAGAAGGGCUUUGAUGUGGAAUGAACGAAGAAUGAGUGAAGUGACUACGCAAAACUAUUGAUGGUAGUAUGUAACUAAAUAUUGAGUUUGCACUUUUUGUGUGUUUGGAUAUUGUAAUUUCAAUAAAUCAUCAUGGGAGAGGGAAGAGGCUGAUUAGUCUGUUUGUCGUUCUCUGUUGAUGGGUAUGUAUGUGACUUAAAAUUUUUUUCCCAGCAAUUUCACUUGUUAUAUUAUACUGGUC